AUGUCUCAUAAUUCUGGUGAAGACAAUAGCGACCCCGUCCUACAUGAAGAGAUUGAUGAUGGUCCGCCAGCUUCUGCAGUUGGAGAGAAGAGAAGACGAACUCAGCCGAGGAGAAAGCCAGCUCAUAGUUCUCCGGUUUGGGAGCAUUUUGUUCAGCAAGCACAUGAUGAUGCCAUUACGAACUGUCGGUACUGUGGUCAAGAGAUAGGAUGUGACACAGUGAUUCAUGGAACAAGUGCAAUGAAGAAUCAUAUUAGUAGGUCAAUCAAGUAUGAUCAAGGUUUGUUCAGAAGGUCUGUGAAUGAGAUGAUCGUCCUUAAUGAGCUGUCGUUUGCAUUUGUGGAGUCUGAGGGAUUUAGGAGAUUGUGCAGCAACAUGCUUCCAAUGUAUAUUGUCCAUUGCAGGAAGACAGCGACAUCAGAUAUAUACACUAUGUUUCUUCGACACAAAGAAGCUUUGAAGGAGCUGUUUAGUAAGAAGCAGAGAGUUUCGAUGCCAACUGAUAUUUGGGUAGCUCCAACGACUUCUUGUAGCUAUAUGGUGGUAACAGCUCACUGGAUUGACAGAGAUUGGAAGUUGCAGAAGAGGAUCAUUAGUUUCAAGCCAGUCACAUAUCACAAAGGUGAUACAAUUGCUGAGCACUUGGUUGCCUGUCUAGAAGAAUGGGGAAUCGAGAAGGUCUUCACAGUAACAGUCGAUAACGCUAAGGGGAAUGACAAGGCUCUAAGGGUUUUCACAGAUGCUUUGAUCAUGAGAGGACCUGAUGCUUUAGUAAGCAAUGUGAGGGAUGGUAAAAGGAGUAUAGUUUCAAUCAGAAAUGCGAUUAAGUAUGUGAGAUCAUCUGGUGAUAGACUGAAGUCGUUUCUGUUGAGGGUCGAUACAGGGAAUGUAGGUAGAGGUAGUUUGUGUCUUGAUGUUGCUACUAGAUGGAAUUCCACCUAUCUAAUGCUGACAGCUGCAAUCAAGUUUCGGGUUGCUUUUGAGAAGAUGUUGACCGAAGAUAAGUUGUAUAACGACUAUUUCAUGGAGACUGAAGAAAAUGGAGAGACUACUGGUGAUGAAGCUGAGUUGAAUGGACAGAAGCGUGUUGGUCCUCCUACUUUUGCUGAUUGGGAUCAAGUGCAGAGGUUAGUUAAGUUCUUGAAGAUAUUUUUCAACUGCACUUUGUCUUUCUCAGCCACCAAAUCAGUGACCUCUACUUUUUGCUAUAACGAGAUUGUGACUAUUGAGAGGAAUCUGAUCAAUCUAAGCACAAACGGUGAUGUGCUACUAAAGACAGAAGCGAUGAUGAUGAGGAGUAAGUUUGAAAAAUAUUGUGAUGGUCUCUUGAACAUGAAUCCACUUGUGAUCAUCGCAAGUGUGUUUGAUCCCAGGAACAAGAUGCAGUUUGCUGGGCUUUGCUUCGACAAGCUAUAUAGAAAAGACAGUGUUGAAAGUACUCAUCUAAGAUCAUCAAUCAAGGGUGUCAUGAAGAAGCUGUAUGCAGAGUAUGUGAUGAAGUUGAGCUUAAGUGAAUCUGGAGUACCAACUACUGCUGGAGUCGGAACUGAUCUUGUAGUAUCCGCAAAUGAUUUGUUUGAUUUGUCGGAUGAGGAUGGUUAUGAGAGGAUGGAUACACUAUACUCUGAGAUGGUGGCUGAAAUUACAAAUGAAGAAUGUAGCAGUGAGUUAGAUAUUUACUUGUUGGAGAAACCGGUGCCAAGGACUCCAUCUGCUUUGGGAUUGGACUUUGAUGUUUUAUCUUGGUGGGGGCGCAACAGUUCUAAAUUUCCAGUCUUAUCCGAGCUAGCUAGAGAUAUCCUUGCUGUUCAAGUGUCGUCGGUUGCUUCUGAAUCCGCAUUUAGCACCAGUGGUCGCAUCUUGGACCCAUAUCGCAGUUCUAUGUCACCUUUCAUGGUUGAAUCGUUGGUUUGCACUCAACAGUGGCUAAGGAACGCCAUUCAAGCUGAGAAAUUAGCCAGCUUAGUUCAGAUGUUUGAAGAAUUGCAGUUUCAUGAGUCCUUAGCUACACAAAAUGCGACUCAUGCAGCUGCAGUUCCGUGA